AAGAAGUCGCUGGGCCCCUGAUCCUGGUCUCCCAUUCGGGUCGGGCAGGCUGUGUGACCUUGCGCGCCUUCUCCCCUUCUCUGGGUCUUGAGAUUGUGGUUUGAGAUUAUAGAAAGCGACUGGACUCUGCUCUCAGCCAGGAAAACCUCUCGAGCCCACCCGGUGAGGAGGAGCAGGAGUAGCAAGCAUCAUCUGUGGCUCAUGGGGUGAUGUCAAUCCCGGCUUCGAGGCCGAGGGCCGCCAGCGAAGCUCAAAACUAAAGGAUCGUCCUCUUGCCGAGUCCGUUAGAUUAACUAGCUGUCAUUUUAGCGCCUGGGACGAUCCGUUUGUCGGAAUGUCACCGUUUUCCUCCCGCCCUUCUCAGUUGUGUGCAGUUCUCUAGCAUAGCGUUGGCCUGUGGGAAUGGCUUCGCGAUCGAUCGACAGCAUCCUGUUUUAUCAAGCCCCCCGUCCAGGCCCUGCAAGUUAAUUUGGUUGCAGUAUGUGGCCCGAAAUCACCUGGUGGGGUAAUUUCCUGUCUAGGCAGCUCUCUUUAAACGCCUUUCCAGCAGCAGCUUCCUUUUUGGCAGUGAAAACCACUCUCAGCCACGGCUCUUGGUCACCAAGGGGAACAAAAACCAACCACUGUCUGAUCAGCUUGAGCCAUGCGCUGCAGACACAGUGCUGCGUUUCCUCUCCUGUCAGCUGGAUGGGCCAGCAGAGUAGACCCUACAGCUUCUUCACCAAACUGACAGCAGAAGAACUCUGGAAAGGUGCUUUAGCGGAGACUGGCGCCGGGGCGAGGAAAGGCAGGGGCAAAAGGACCAAGAGGAAGAAGAAGAAGGAUUUGAACAGGGGCCAGAUCAUCGGAGAAGGGCGUUCUGGUUUCCUGUGGCCCGGUCUGAAUGUCCCUGUUAUGAAAAGUGGAGUAGUCCAGACCAUUGGCCAAAGAAGCAGAGAAGAGCAGCAGAAGGUGGAGGCCCACAUGACGCAGCAGAGAGAAGAGUGGGAACGGAGGAGGAAGAUAAAAGUCAAACGGGCGCGCGGGUGGAGCGGAAGCUCAUGGGGAGGUGUCAGUAUCGGCCCCCCAGACCCAGGACCCAACGGAGAAACGUAUGAAGACUUUGAUACCAGGAUUCUUGAGGUAAGAAAUGUUUUCAAUAUGACCGCAAAAGAGGGAAGAAAGAAGUCGGUCCGUGUCCUGGUUGCUGUGGGGAAUGGAAAUGGUGCUGCAGGUUUUGCUGUUGGGAAAGCUGCUGACCGGGCAGAUGCUUUCAGAAAGGCAAAGAACAGAGCAAUUCAUUAUUUGCAUUAUAUAGAACUAUACGAAGGCCAUACAAUAUUCCAUGAUAUUUCACUAAGAUUUAAAAGGACGCAGAUCAGGAUGAAGAGACAACCCAGAGGUUACGGCCUCCGCUGCCACAGGGCCAUUAUCACCAUCUGCCGCCUCAUUGGCAUCAAGGACAUGUAUGCAAGGGUCACUGGGUCUAUGAACAUGACCAACCUCACCCGGGGCCUCUUCCAUGGGCUUGCUCGCCAGGAAACUCACCAACAUCUGGCCGAUAAGAAGGGUCUCCAUGUGGUGGAGUUCCGGGAGGAAUGUGGUCCUCUACCUAUUCUGGUAGCCUCCCCACAGGGGGCCUUGAGUAAGGAGCCGGAGCCAGAGCCUGAGGUUCCUGACGUCAAACUGGACUGGCAAGAAAUAAAGGCCAUGCAGGGGAUGAAGCGCUCUGUGUGGUCUGGUUUAAAGAGAUCUGCCACCUGAAUGUCCCCAGCCUGGUCCAGCCAGUGCUUGGUGCUGGCCAGCACCUGGAAGAGACUCUACCCUACAAUUUGAUGUAUUGCCUUUCUUUUUCUUUCUUUUUUUUUUUUUUAAAGAGAGUCCAACCUUCUUUGUUUUCAAAUAAAUAAUUAUAGAUUUGA